CGCCUGCACUGCGAAAGGUCUCAAUUUUCGUUCACCGUGCGAAUAAGUUGCGAAAAGAUUUAUCAAGAUGACCAACGCCUGGAGAGCAGCUGGAAUUACUUACAUCCAAUACUCGAACAUUGCGGCUCGUGUCCUGCGUGAAGCGCUGCGUACAGACCUCCGCGCCAGUGCUGCCAAGCGCAACGAGAGCCACGUGAAGUUCACACCUUGGGCCAACGGCAGGCCAGCACAUGAGAAGCAAUAGUUGUCAUAAACAACGAAAGUCUGUCAUGUGGCAAGGUCACGCAAAUCGGAAACUGACGCUUCCUAAACAACUGGCGGUCUUCAAGGAGCAAUGGCAAAAUGUUAAGAUGUUUCCAUAAUUAAAUAAUACGAAUUAAAACAGAAAUUAAAUAUGAAAACAAUUUAAAAACUGACCGACGAAUAUCUUAUUAAUGUGUUCAUAUUUUAUCGGCGGGUUUACGAAAUUUAAGAAUACUUUUAUCACACGUAUAUAAAUAUAUAUUUAUUUUUA